GGUUCCCGCCCCCGGCCCGCGCGCGCUCGCAGACCCGCGGCGGAACCCGAGGGCGGCGGCAGCGGUUUCCCUUGAACGAGCCGGGGAAUCUGGAGGGAGCACACAGGAAAGGCAGAGCCGCGAGCUGGUCCAGCCGUGCAAAUCUCUAGAAGAUGACGGUGUUCUUUAAAACGCUUCGAAACCAUUGGAAGAAAACUACAGCUGGGCUCUGCCUGCUGACCUGGGGAGGCCAUUGGCUCUAUGGAAAACACUGUGAUAACCUACUAAGGAGAGCAGCCUGUCAAGAAGCUCAGGUGUUUGGCAAUCAACUCAUUCCUCCCAAUGCACAAGUGAAGAAGGCCACUGUUUUUCUCAAUCCGGCAGCUUGCAAAGGAAAAGCCAGGACUCUAUUUGAAAAAAAUGCUGCCCCGAUUUUACAUUUAUCCGGCAUGGAUGUGACUAUUGUUAAGACAGAUUAUGAGGGACAAGCCAAGAAACUCCUGGAACUGAUGGAAAACACAGAUGUGAUCAUUGUUGCAGGAGGAGAUGGGACACUGCAGGAGGUUGUUACUGGAGUUCUUCGACGAACAGAUGAGGCUACCUUCAGUAAGAUUCCCAUUGGAUUUAUCCCACUGGGAGAGACCAGUAGUUUGAGUCAUACCCUCUUUGCUGAAAGUGGAAACAAAGUCCAACAUAUUACUGAUGCCACACUUGCCAUUGUGAAAGGAGAGACAGUUCCACUUGAUGUCUUGCAGAUCAAGGGUGAAAAGGAACAGCCUGUGUUUGCAAUGACCGGCCUUCGAUGGGGAUCGUUCAGAGAUGCUGGCGUCAAAGUUAGCAAGUACUGGUAUCUUGGGCCUCUAAAAAUCAAAGCAGCCCACUUUUUCAGCACUCUUAAGGAGUGGCCUCAGACUCAUCAAGCCUCUAUCUCAUACACGGGACCUACAGAGAGACCUCCCAGCGAACCAGAGGAGACCCCUGUACAAAGACCUUCUUUGUACAGGAGAAUAUUACGAAGGCUUGCAUCCUACUGGGCACAACCACAGGAUGCCCUUUCCCAAGAGGUGAGCCCAGAGGUCUGGAAAGAUGUGCAGCUGUCCACCAUUGAACUGUCCAUCACAACACGGAACAAUCAGCUUGACCCGACAAGCAAAGAAGAUUUUCUGAAUAUCUGCAUUGAACCUGACACCAUCAGCAAAGGAGACUUUAUAACUAUAGGAAGUCGAAAGGUGAGAAACCCCAAGCUGCAUGCCGAGGGCACGGAGUGUCUCCAAGCCAGCCGGUGCACCUUGCUUGUCCCCGAGGGAGCAGGGGGCUCUUUUAGCAUUGACAGUGAGGAGUAUGAAGCGAUGCCUGUGGAGGUGAAACUGCUCCCCAGGAAGCUGCAGUUCUUCUGUGAUCCUAGGAAGAGAGAACAGAUGCUCGCAAGCCCCACCCAGUGAGCAGCAGAAGACAAGCGCUCUGAGACCACACUUUAGGCCACCGGUGGGACCAAAAGAACAGGUGCCUCAACCAUCCCAAUAGUGUUGUCAGAGGGUCCCCAGGGCAUUUUCAUGGCAAGUACCCCUCUGCCCCCACUCCAGCAGUGCUUCCCGAAGUGUGCUCUGUCACCUGCUUUGCAAUCAGCUUCCAUUAGUGCAUGUUUUAUUUUGGUGUGACGGUCGGCGCUCCUAAACACGAACUUUCCUCAGGCUGGUUCAAGAUGGAAAAGGACUUUCUUCUGUUUUCUUCCAAAGUGCAACCACAGUGGGCUUAGCCUGCCUACGCCCUUCCAUUUCUGUUCUUUGACCGUGCUAGGAAUUCCAGGAAAGUGCAUUCCUUCCCUGGCGACCUUUUCCUAUUUCUAGGCUCCUUCACGGGUGCUUCUGUUUUGUGAGCUCCGGCUCCUGUUUAGCUUUUAUUUCAGUUCUAUCCUCAGUCCAGAAAUGUAGGCGAGGUUGGUUCCCUCUUCAGCCAUGGCUACAAUACUGUAAAUUGCUAGUUUUUAUUUUUUUAAGUAGUGCUUCCUAAAUGGUUUGCAUGAGAGCCACCUGGGGUACGUGUUGAAAAUUGAUUUGGGGUCCACUCCAAACCUAAUAACCCAAAUUGGGGAUGGGGUCCAGGAAUAUGCAUUUUUAAAAAGUCAGCUGCCCUUCCCAGGUGAUUCUAUAAGUUGUCCCUCAACCGUACUUGGAGAAAUAGUGUUUUAAAGCAGUGGUCCACAAAGUAUUCUGCUCACGUGCCCCCCAGAAGUAUUUUGAAAAAUCAUGUAUCCCCUCACCCAUCUAAGUUGACAUCUAAAAUUUUUCAUGGGAAGUUAAAUAGUUGACAAAGUAUGUAUUUGCUGGUGUCGUGUAAAUAUUGGUAUUCUAAAAUAAAAACUGUUACAUCACUAUUUUAAACAUAUCCAGUACAAUUUAAAUAUCAUAACAAUUUGACACCCUUCAUUCAUUUAUAAAAAUAAAUGAGCUAGUUCUUUAGUAGUUGAACAUUUCAAAUUGGCUUUUCUCCUUCUGUAUUUCUAUACUACUUUUCAGCCAAGAAUCCUGUCAGAAUGUAAUCUAUUAUGCCUGCCAUCUUUUAAUCAUUCACCCCAUUAUCUUGUCAACAAAAAAUAUAAAUGGAAAUAAGUUUUUUUAGUUCUUGCUUUAAGUGUUUAUCUAUCUCAGUCCAGAACAAAUGUUAUAAUUAUUGGUAUAUAAUGAAAACGGUAUUAAUAUAAUUCUUUGAUGAUUAAAAGUUGUUUUAUUAGAAUGA